UCUCAAAGUUUCGCAUUUCAGCUUGCAGAAGAGGUCGGCAUUCUACCGGAAGAACUUGAUCCUUAUGGUAGGAAAAAAGCCAAAGUUUCGUUAAACGUCUUGCAAGAGGUUACAACAUGUAAAGGAUGGAAAGUACGUGGUAUCACGCCAACUCCAUUGGGAGAAGGAAAAUCGACCACGACCAUGGGCCUCGUUCAGGCUCUGGCCGCCCAUCUUCACAAAAAUGCGUUCGCAUGUGUUCGACAGCCAUCACAAGGCCCAACAUUUGGAAUCAAGGGUGGAGCCGCUGGAGGAGGAUAUGCUCAGGUUAUACCUAUGGAAGAAUUCAAUUUGCACUUAACCGGUGACAUUCAUGCUAUCACUGCAGCUAAUAACCUUCUAGCAGCUGCCAUUGAUGCCCGAAUGUUUCACGAAAGCACUCAGAAGGAUGACGCUCUUUUCAAUCGACUAUGUCCUGCAAACAAGCAAGGUCAACGUCCUCUGUCAGCUGUGCAAAAGAGACGAUUGAAACGUUUGGGUAUUCCUGAGGUUGAUGAUGCGAACAUGCUGACUCCGGAACAACGAACUGAAUUUGCUCGUCUGAAUAUUGCCCCUCAAACAAUCACAUGGAAUCGAGUGAUCGACACGAAUGAUCGCUUCCUUCGAGUUAAGUGA